AUGUGUGGCAUCCUCGCCGUCGUCAACUCGAAGCUCUCUCCUGAGGCGCUGCGGUUGCAGACGCUCACGCUGCAGCGGCUCGUGCGGCACCGAGGGCCGGACGGGAGCGGGAUCCACGUGGUGGAGACGCCGACGGGCGCGCGCUGCUCCUCCGUCGCCCACGAGCGCCUCGCCAUCGUCGACCCGCUCUCGGGGAACCAGCCGCUCUUUUCGCAUGACCGAUCGCGCUCGCUGACCGUCAACGGCGAGAUCUACAACCACAAGCAGCUGCGAGCGGAGCUCAAGGACCCGACGGCGUUCCGCACCGAGUCGGACUGCGAGGUGAUCGUCCACGGCUACGACGAGUUCGGCGUCGACAUCGCCUCGAAGCUCGACGGUGACUUUGCGUUUGUGAUUCUCGACGACCAGACCGGCGACGUCUACGCGGCGCGCGACCCCGUGGGCGUAAACUCGCUCUACAUGGGCACCGGCCUGGACGGCUCCACCUGGUUCUCGUCCGAGGCCAAGCCGCUCGUCACGGGCGGCUGCAUCGACGUGCGCAUCUUUCCCCCCGGCCACUACUACCUCGCGCGUGGCGGCGAGGAGGAGGGGCGGCUGGUGCCGUAUUACGCGCCCUCGUGGCACUCUGCCUCCGCCGCGACCCAGCCCCUCAACCUGGAGAAGCUGCGAACCACCUUCACCGCCGCCGUCGAGAAACGGCUCAUGGCGGACGUGCCAUACGGAGUCCUCCUCUCGGGAGGCCUCGACUCGUCGCUGGUCGCGUCUGUCAUCGCGCGGCUGAAGCGGAAGCGCUUUCUUGAGCAUGGCAAGCCCGUCAAGUCUUUCUCGAUCGGCCUCGACGGCUCGCCCGACUUGGCAAACGCGCAGAAGGUGGGGGAGUUUAUCGGCACCGAGCACUAUGGUUUCUCCUUCACUGUGCAGGAGGGCAUAGACGCCAUCUCGGACGUGAUCUACCACCUGGAGAGGUAUGACGUGACCACGAUCUGCGCGGGUAUGCCGAUGUUCUUGCUUGCCCGCAAGAUCAAGGCGAUGGGCAUCAAGAUGGUCAUGUCGGGCGAGGGCGCCGACGAGACGCUGGCGGGCUACCUCUACUUUCACAAGGCACCAAACGGCACCGAGCUGCACGCCGAGUGCGUGCGCAAGGUGGCGGCGCUCAACCAGUUCGACUGCCUCCGCGCCAACAAGGCGACCAUGGCGCACGGCCUGGAGGUGCGCGUCCCCUUCCUCGACCGGGGCAUGCUCGACGCGACCAUGACGCUGGACCCGGACUUUAAGCUCACGCGCAAGGGCGAGAAGACGCAGUUCCUCGAGAAGUGGGCGCUGCGCGAGGCGUUCAACGUGCCCACCGAGCCGUUCUUGCCACACGAGGUGCUCUUCCGCCAGAAGGAGCAGUUCUCGGACGGGGUCGGCUACUCGUGGAUCGACGGCCUCAAGGAGCACGCCGGCAAGGUCAUCUCCGACGAGGACAUGGCGACCGCGCCGAUCCGCUUCCCGUACAACACGCCUGGCACAAAGGAGGCCGCCUACUUCCGCACCAUCUUCCACUCGCACUUCCCAAACAACAACUACGGCAACGGCAUCGAGGCGACCGUGCCGGGCGGCCCGUCCGUCGCUUGCUCCACCGCAAAGGCGAUCGAGUGGGACGAGGCUUGGUCCGACCCGACCAAGCAGGACCAGUCGGGACGCUUCGUCGAUACGCACGACGCGGCCGUCGCCUGA